GUGUUUCGAGAAUGCCGUGGAGUGUCGGACGUAUCAACAUUCAUCGUCGUCGUCGUCUCGGAUACGAUGCAUGGUGCAAAGACUGCGAAAUCGUGUCGCAUUCAAUCGUGUUUCGCAUCUUCUCCGUUGCCUCGUAUCCCGAGUUUCCGACACGCGUGAGUACUGGGAGUGUUUCGAGAGUGCCGAAAGGAAGGAUCGCGUGUUUGUAUCAAGUGUGAAUCAAGACGAAUCGUUGUAAGGAGGAUCUUAAAUCUUGAACGUACGUUCGACAGCUGCGGCCGAGACGGAGCUGGACGAAGCAACCAGUGACGAAUGACAACAAUCUCGCCUUUGUUAUCUUCGUAGUGUAUACUUUACUUGAAAAUGAAAGGCGCGGUGUAUUUCCGAUGAGUGAAAACUUGCGAGAAAUUUGACACCUUUUUAAUAAGCAUUUUACAAGGUUCUAGUAACGCUUCUAAUGGACGAGAAGCAAACAGAAAAUUCAAGAAUUGGGAAUUCUUCUAUUAGCAAUGUACCUAUGAUAACAGCCAAUUUAGAGAUGCUUACCAUAGAGACUAACUCUCUACCUACAGAAACCAAGAGGAUUCUUAGGAAACGGAUAUCUAAACCUUCAGACGUUCGUAUAGUAAGGCUUAGGUCAAAAAAGAGAAAGAUCUCUGAAGUAGAACCAUCAGAGGACGAUACCAAGGAUAUCAAGAAGUAUUAUUUAGACAAAAAGAUAAAUAAAAAAUCAAACAAUCUUGAAACUAUAUAUGAAGAGAGGGACAAUCUGAGUGACGAUGCUGCAACAUGUAUGAGUGCGAAAAGAUUUAAGAGAAUGUUGCAGUUCUCCCCUACAGCUUCCAAGCUGAAGAAGAGACGCGAGAAGAUACAAAGAGUAUUUGGAUCUAAGAUUAGGUACAAGAAAUGCUCAAUGCAAGCUCUUGUAGAUAAAUUAAAUACCAUUAGAGAGAGUUCACCAAUGAAACUUGACAAUGAACUCGAAUCGUAGCAAAUUUUUUUGUGAGAAUAUCAAUGCCAUGUUUCUAAGAUUUUUUUAAGGCACUAUUUGCUUCAGAAUUUCAUGAAUUGUUUGCUUCUAUAUUUCUUGUAGGUAAGAAAUAUAAAAACUUAUAUUAAAGGAUAAGAAGUGUCAGAAUUAUUUUAUAAUAAUAUUUAAAUGGAGAAAAAUUUGCAUUUUACCUAUCCAAGACUGAAAGAAUUAUAUUAAGAAAAUUAUAUUACAUGGAGUUCUGUAAGCAUUUAACUUGCAUCCCACUAGAUUUACAUGUAUUCUAAAGUAAAAGAGAAUAAAUGAGAUAAUUGUAUUUCUAUUUG